AUGGCAGCUGCGUCCAGAGACGGCAGUGGAUAUGAACCCUUUCGUCCUUCGAGAGGUCGUUUCGACGGCAUGAGCCCUCUUGCGGGCAUCCCUGCAGCUCCUUCUCCUGGUGGCCACGCUAUUGAGCGACCGACUCUCGGCACACCCACCCCUUCUUCGCAACAGCCUAAGGCUACCACUCCAGGCUCACAGUCCCGAGCCUCUUUCCAGACCUCGUACGAGCACGAGCGUGAUCCUUCUAUGGACAGGAGGUCUCAGGACAGAUCAUCACUUCUGGGCAAUAAGCGCAGGUCGAACGUCGGACCCGGUAGCAUAAAGGACUAUCCCUUCCCAGACUAUUCUGCGGAUGUGGAGAGAGAACCGAUGCCCGGGCCCUCGACGCUCGAGCGUUCUGGCACACAGACGAACUUUGAUGCCAACACAAUGGGCAGAGCAAGGUCGAAUUCGGCAUUUACCUCUACACUUGCGGCUGAGGCACACAGGGAUACAUGGCGCAGCCGUGGAAGCACAUCCCCCGAGCCGAACAUGUCCGCUUUCGUCAGUCCGAACGGAAGGCCGCUAUCUAUCUUCGACCUCAAGGAGCAGGCCAAGAAGGCAAAGGCGGAGAGUAUCGUGAAUGGUGUCAAACCAUCUGCUCCGCCGAGAGACUCCUGGAGGAGCACCUACAACACAGCAGCCUACAACUAUGGCGACAUGGCAGAUUAUGCUGCCGCCAGGUAUUUCAAUGCUGCGGCUGCUGGAGACGGUACUCGACCGAGAGACAGGGACAGCGAGCUCCUAGCAAUCAGGCUGCCAUGGACAAUGUGGAUGAACAGUGAUUUUAAGAAUCACUUCGUCGCCGCUGUUGGUGAGUGGGCUGGGACGACCAUGUUCCUGUUUUUCGCCUUUGCUGGCACUCAGGUUGCCAAUGCGAAAAGUGCGACCCCAUCCGAGGCGACUACGACCAACGCAACCACCGGCUUCGACCCUGCCGUUAUGCUGUACAUUUCGCUCGCCUUCGGCUUCUCCCUGAUGGUCAACGUCUGGGUCUUCUUCCGUAUCUCUGGUGGUCUCUUCAACCCUGCCGUCACUCUGGCGCUGUUCGCGACAGGCGCCAUUGGAGCCUGGCGUUCGGUCUGUCUGUUCUUUGCCCAGAUCGCUGGUAGUAUUACAGCUUCAGCGCUUGUCUUGGCCAUCUUCCCGACUCCACUUAAUGUCCGCACAACACUAAGCGAUGGAACCUCGAUUGCUCAGGGCCUUUUCAUCGAGGCGUUCAUGACGGCUGAAUUGGUCUUCACUAUCCUGAUGCUAGCGAAGGAGAAGCACAAGGCCACGUUCAUUGCUCCGGUUGGCAUCGGUCUUGCCCUCUUCAUUGCUGAACUCUGCGGCGUCUACUACACUGGAGGUUCUCUGAACCCUGCUCGCAGCAUUGGUCCGUGCAUCGUCACCAACACGUGGGACAGCACGCACUGGAUCUACUGGCUCGGGCCUGCCAUUGGGUGCGCGUUCGCGAUCGGUUUCUACAAGUUCAUCAAGAUCCUCGAGUACGAGAUGGCCAACCCGGGCCAGGACGGCGACGACCUGAACGACCCGACCAAGAACCCGUACCACGAGGUGCGCGAGAAGCAGCGCGAGAUGACGGCCAAGAUCCUGUCGGGGCUCAACAUCAACACGUCGCCGGCACGCCAGCAGAUGAUGGGUGGCGAUGGCGACCGCACGCCGCAACUGGGCGACAACGGCUUCUACCUGCCCGACGUCCGUGGCUCCGUGGCUGGAGGACGGGCGAACGUCGGCGACUUGGAGAGCGGGUUUGGGCCAGGACCUGGGCCGCGGGGCGACCUGUCGACCAUCCCAUCGAACGAGAUGCAGACGCCGAGCCCGGGCAACAGAGCAGACUUUGUGGCGUCGCCGCAACGGGCAUCGCCCCGACACUCGUUGCAGGACAUUCGGGAGGCAGCGUGA